UCAAAAUGUCAGCCUCCAUGAUGAACUAAAUUUGUAAACAAUCACCGGUUUUUCUUUUUGUUCUUUGUUGCAAAAAUGAGUAACAGCAAGCCUAGCAGAGAAAACCUGUUGGACAAGGUUUUAAGAGAGUAUUCGUCACUUUUACAAAGACGACCAGUGUUGACAAAGUCCAUAUCAAGUGCCAGUAUAUCUGCUAUCGGAAAUCUAUUUUCACAGUAUUUAGCACCACAGCCUGGUAGUCAGGGUCGUAUUGUAUGGAGAAGCACCUUCGCCUAUGCUUUUUUUGGUUUAGUUGUUAAUGGUCCUGUUAUUCACCAUUUUUACACAUACCUGGAUAAAGUUUUACCAAAAAAAAAAGACAAUACAUCAGCUAUAAAAAGAGUUUUGUUUGACCGUUUUGUGUUCGCUCCUCCAUAUUUACUGGUUUAUUUAUAUGUUAUAUCCCUGUUAGAGGGUCACGGAACAGCAGGAGCCAAACAGAAAGUAAAAGAUGUUUACUGGAUGCUUCUAAAACUAAACUGGAAGGUCUGGACUUUUGUUCAGUAUUUUAACCUAACUUACAUUCCUGCUAAGUAUCGACUUUUAUUUGGAAACCUUGUUGCCUUAAUCUGGACCACUUACAUUUCGGUUAAAAGAAACAAAAUGCUGGUCUCCAAAUGAACGGAUUCGCCUGAAAAGAUACUUCUGAUAAAUUAGACAUUUUUUCUUGAAUGAUACUAAUACCAAAUAAAACAGUGAUGGUUGUAUUAUGAAUGAAGACACUGACUCAGCAUAGUUCUGAAAUUUUUGAAGGGUGCAUUUUUGAUGCUUAAAUGGAAGAGUUUCAGAUAUUUGUAUUAAUUUGUAACAUGAUUUUUAUUGAUGGGAAUGAUUUUGUUUAUUUUGAUGCUUAAAUGGAACAAUUUCAGAUAUUUGUAUUAAUUUGUAUAAUAUGAUUUUUAUUGAUGGGAAUUAUUAUGUUCAUUAUUUUCUGAGAGAAUGAUCCAUGACAUGACAGGGAAUUACUAUGUUCUUAGCGCUUCCUCUUGUAGCAGAUGUAUCUGGCAGAAGUUAUUAUUAGUUUUAGUGGUAGUUAUCUCCCUUGUUCUGUUCUGUGUUUUGAUAAACCCACGUUAUAUUAGAUGUUCAGGUUUGAGUAUUUUUUCUGCAUCAAUUAAAACUUCAUGACAGCUUAAAGGAGGCGUCCCAGAAAAACUUUAGUGAAUCGAACAGGUUAAUUUUGUAUUAAAUAUGUCUACUCUUAGAGUCCUGUACAACUAUUAGAAGCAAUGUGAUACCUCUAAUUAAAGCUUGGGGUGGGGGGGGAUAUAAAAUAGUUAGCACAUGCACGCUGUAUAAUAAGGCCUGUCAUUGAGUCAACUGGCGUGGUUUCGAAUCCCUGGUUGCACCGAUAAGGAGUAGGGUCGCCUGUCCAACCUCGUGGGUUUUCUCUGGGUCCUCCAGUUUCCUCCCACUGCUAAAGACCCCUACGCGCAAGUGAAUUAUUGAAAUAAAAUUAAACCAUAUGUUAGUCCCAAAAUGACCUAGUCUGUGUCUCUCUUAUCAACCUUUAUAAUAAUCCUGUAAAACUAUUGUAAACUUUCAUUUUACAUGUGUUCAGUGAGAAGCAAUCUGUUUAAAACACAGAUCCUAUUUCGUUUCGUGCUUUAUAGUUCAAAAUUUUGUUUUACUUGUCUUUACUACACUAGGAUCUGGAAGAGUUGUUAUUUAACCUGCGUGAUUGAUGUGAGGGAUUAACCAAUGAAACGGUCUGUUACGACGAGUUCUUGGCGUGCGUUGCACGGAACUGUAGAUAUCCCAGUAGAAACAUCAACGCUGAUUGGUUAAUCAAAGUCUGACGUCAUAGGGUCAAAAGCCGCUUGUAUGACCCCUGACGUGACUUCCCACUACAGCCGGUCAGAUCCUCAUGUAGCAGAGGCCAUCGAAAGUAUAAAAACCGAAACGAUAUAUAGAUCUGUAUUUUAAUCAGAUUGGGUGAGAAGUACCAAAAUUCCAUUCAGUGCCUAAAUGCCAUGUCUAUCUACUUGCAUGUAGUAAUUGAAGUAAGAGGACGUCAUUAUCACUUUUGAAAUAGGUGGAACUCCUUAAAUAGGUUACAUGACCCAUCUAAUGCGAUCACUUCAGGACUACUAAAUAUUUUGAGCUGAAACUGUCAGAUAGGCACGCUAUUCUGUUUAUUUUUAAUCUGUAGGCUACGAUUGUGAAGUGAAUCUAACACAAUCAUUUCAGAAAUACGCAAUAUUUUGAGCUCAAUAUAUCGAGUAGUUUUAACAUUAUUUAACAAAGCAUGGAACCCCUUGACAUUAUUUAAAGGGACAAUAACAAUCUUGCUGGCUUGACAGCUCCAGAAAAUAAAAAAUAGCCUUAUUCUAAGUAUUAGAUGUUUAAGUAUCCUACCUGUUGUUUAAAUUAUCCAUUAAAUCCUAUUUUACUUGUCCAGAGGGUUCAAAAAUAUUUUUAAAUCCAAGUCACAUUUAAAAAGCUUUACGUCAGGCUUUUCAAAUCAUUUAGUUGAAUUUUUCCAAUUUUUUAAAUUAGGUGUGUUAAGAUGAAAUUUGUAUCAUCAAUUAAUUGGAAUAUUGUAAAAUAGUACAAUUUGUUGACCAGAAUAAAGAUUGGGACAUAUUAUUCAGUUACAACAAGAGUGGUAUUGAGCCUUUAACAAAGCAUGAAACCUGUACUUAUAUUUAACAAAGUAUGGAACCCCUUGACAUUAUACAACAAAGCAUGAAACCCCUUGACAUUACCGGUAUACAACAAAGCAUGAAACCUGUACUUCUAUUUAAAAAAUAUUAAGAACCUGUACUUACAUUGAAAAAAUAUUAAGAACCCGUACUUAUAUUUAAAAAAUAUUAAGAAUCACAAAUUGUAGGAUAAAGUGGAGUCUGUUCAUAUGUUGAAAUGAAUUAAAAAAAUACCUCAAUUUUUGUGAACUUGUACUUGUACUUCUAAUCUCCCAUAAUGUAUCUUUAAGUCUGAGAAUUCUUUGUUAACUCGAGGACUGGUCAUUAGAAACAUCACAGUUUCAGAUAAAAAUACAUUUGUAAAAUUCUCGAAGGGAAAAUAUGUUUAAAUUUAAUAACCCUAUAAUUAUGUUGUUGAAAACCAUGUUUUAAAAUUGAAUGCUUCAAUUGAAUGCUCAAUAAUUGAAAUAAAUUUU